GGGUAAUUUCCUUCCAUCUCUCUCCUCCUCUCCUUGCCUAGCUAGAGGGAGAGGAAGAGAGAGAUCGGCCACAACUCGUCUGUACCAUCCAUCGAACAUAGCCAAGGGCACGCUCCCGACCGGAAGUCAGGACAGGACACACCCUGUGCGGCCCAACGACGUUCCUUGUGACGCCGCGCAAGCGGCCAUGGGCAACUGCUGUGUUGCCCGGCCGUCUUUCAAGCGGCGCGGCGGUGGAUCUCCGAGGCAACGCGGUGGACGCCUCGGAGGCGCCAAUCUCCGAUGCCUCUCCACGGUGUCCUCGGUUACCGACACCCCCCGUGCCACAGCUCAACCAUGGUCGUCUGUAACGGUGCUUGGCAAGGGCCUAGCAGCGUCCGACAACAUCGAGGAGCUCCUCCGGCGGUACCAGCUUGGCGAGGAGUUGGGGCGCGGCGAAUUUGGAGUGACACGACGAUGCAUGGACGCGGCAACGGGAGAGAAGCUAGCAUGCAAAUCGAUAAGCAAGCGGAAGCUUCGGAGCAGUGUCGACAUCGAGGACGUGCGACGCGAGGUAGCCAUCAUGCGGUCGCUGCCCUCGCAUGUGAACGUCGUGCGGCUCCGUGAGGCAUUCGAGGACGACGACUCUGUGCACCUCGUCAUGGAGGUGUGCGAGGGGGGGGAGCUCUUUGACCGCAUCGUCGUGCGCGGUCACUACACCGAGCGUGCUGCCGCCGCUGUCAUGCGCACUAUCAUGGAGGUCGUGCAGCAUUGCCACCAGAACGGUGUUAUGCACCGGGACCUUAAGCCUGAGAAUUUCUUGUACGCCAAUGCAUCCGAGAGCUCCCUUCUCAAGGUUAUCGACUUCGGACUCUCCGUGUGCUUCAAGCCAGGUGAAAGAUUCAAUGAGAUUGUUGGAUCUCCCUACUACAUGGCGCCUGAAGUUCUGAAGAGAAACUAUGGACAGGAAAUCGACAUCUGGAGUGCAGGCGUCAUAUUGUAUAUUUUGCUAUGUGGUGUCCCUCCAUUCUGGGCUGAGACGGAUGAAGGGAUUGCGCAGGCCAUCAUCCGAUCACGCAUCGACUUCGAACGCGAGCCUUGGCCAAAGGUGUCAGAAAACGCCAAGGAUCUUGUUAGCAUGAUGCUUGAAAAUAACCCGUACACCCGAUUAACGGCUCAACAAGUUUUAGAGCAUCCAUGGAUACAGAAUGCCACCGCUGCUCCAAACAUUCCUCUUGGGGAAGCAGUAAGGUUAAGGCUCAAGCAAUUCACUGUCAUGAACAAGUUUAAGAAGAAGGCCUUGCUUGUGGUGGCGGAAUACUUGCCGGCUGAAGAGCUGGAAGCAAUCACGGAACUGUUCCACAUGCUGGACACCAACAAGGAUGGUCACCUGACAAUUGAGGAGCUCAGGAAAGGGCUACAGAUGAUAGGGAACAAUGUCCACGAUACAGAUGUGGAUAUGCUCAUGGAAGCUGCAGAUUUAGAUGGAAAUGGCACCUUGGACUGCAAGGAGUUUGUGACAGUCUCCGUUCACCUGAAGAAAAUCUGCAGCGAGGAGCACCUCCCCAAGGUGUUCAAUUACUUCGACAAGAACAUGAGCGGUUUCAUCGAGAUGGAAGAGCUCAAGGAAGCCCUAUCCCCAAGAGGGGACCAGAAGGCCGUCGAGGACAUCAUUUUCGACGUUGACAUUGACAAGGAUGGCAAAAUAAGCUAUGAGGAGUUCGAGUUGAUGAUGAAGGCCGGAGUGGACUGGAGGAACGCAUCACGACAGUACUCAAGAGCAGUUUUCAAUACCCUCAGUCGCAAGAUGUUCAAGGACGUGUCCCUGAAGCUUGAUCCCAGCAGCCCGCUAGGUGGCGUCGGGAAAGGACAAAGGGAUGUUAUAUGAGAAAAAUGUGACUCCACUUGCAGCAGACUCGUACUUCCUCCGUUUUAAAAUAAUUGUAGCCGGAAAGAACUAGUUUAGUUCUUUUCAACUAUAAUUAUUCAAAUACAAAGGGAGUACAUAACAGAGAGAAUAUAAUUAGUGUAUCUAUUUUCCUUCUAGUGGUCAUCACAUUUUUUGACGUAAAAGGAUCAUGGAAGUCAUUAAUCCUGAUUGUUUCAAAUGCGAAUGUCAAAGAACUC